CAAAACAAUCAAAGCAAAACAAUACAAAGCAUUUACGGUUUUGCUCGCACAAAAACGGAGCUUGCUUACAUCGUUCGCAUAACCAUUGACGGGUGACCGAGACCGUGAUCAGGUGUUAUGUGAUAAAAUUUCAUUCAUACAAUCAAUUUAAAGCUUAUCGGAUUUUGGUGAAACGUCAUCAACAUAGUGAAUGCAAUUAAAAUGUUUCGGCUAGUUCAACGCGAAGUGUGCAAUAGUUUGCGUUCGUCACGACCGGUGAACCCUAUUCAUUCCUGCCGGCAAGCUCAUCAGAAGCGAAUUCGUGUUCCUCCACCGAUAAGGCUGCGAAGCGAUGGAAAUCAGCCUGUUACAGCAUUCGGGUGGAUAUUGUUGGCUAUCCCCGCAACGACGUUUGGUCUCGGAUGCUGGCAAGUUUAUAGAAAGCAAUGGAAGGAAGAUCUAAUAAGGAAUCUUGAAACUCGUAUGCGAAUGGAACCGAUUCCAAUUCCUGAUGACUUAUCUGAACUAGACAAAAUGGAGUACCAAAAUGUGAUCGUCCGAGGGGAAUUUCUACACGACCAAGAAAUACAUUUGGGGCCACGCUCGUUUAUUCAGGAUGGAGAUACAAAUACAAAGGGUGGGCUGUUCUCCCAGAAAGAAUCAUCAAUAGGCUACCUUGUUAUUACGCCAUUUAAACUGGAGGGCAGAGAUGACAAAAUUCUCAUCAACCGAGGUUGGGUUCCGAAGCGUAUGCUAAAUGCUGCCUCCCGUCCAGAGGGUCAAAUCAGAGGCAUUGUAGAGUUGCAAGGAGUCGUUCGCUUGCCCGAAAAUCGUCCGCAGUUUACGCCGAAGCAGCGUGGAGAAAUUUUCAUGUACCGUGAUGUGCCCAAAAUGUCCGAAAUAUGCAAAACAGAACCAUACUAUCUGGAUGCGACCGCGAAAUCAUCGGUACCUCACGGCCCUGUUGGUGGACAAACCAGGGUGACGAUACGAAAUGAGCACUUGUCGUACAUUUUCACGUGGUUCAGUUUGUCCGGAUUCACCACUUGGCUCUGGUUCAGACAGGUUGUCCGAGGAAAGUCUUUCUAACAUUGUGAUAGUUUUAGUUGACUGGAGUGUGAAUAUCUUAUAUUGACCAUUGUGUAAUAAACAUUAUUCAUAUUCGAAAGUUA